AUGAGGGCGACGCGGCUCCUCGCGGCGGCGGCGCUCCUCGCCGCGCUGCUCGCGGUGUCCGCGGCGGCGGCGGCGAAGCUCGAUCUGGACGAGCUGGACGACUCGGAGGUGCUGGAGGCGCUGCUGGCCGUGGACGACGAGGAGGAGGCGGCGCCGGGCGCGGGCGGGGGCGGGGGCGGGGGCGCGGAGGCGGUGCGGCGGACGCAGUCCAUGGUGCUGGUGCUCGACAACGACAACGCGGCCCGCGCCGUGCAGGACCACCCGGAGCUGCUGCUCCUCGGCUACGCGCCCUGGUGCGAGCGCAGCGCCAAGCUCAUGCCGCGCUUCGCCGAGGCCGCCGCGGCGCUGCGCGCCAUGGGGAGCGCCGUCGCCUUCGCCAAGCUCGACGGGGAGCGGUUCCCCAAGGCCGCCUCCGCCGUCGGGGUCAACGGCUUCCCCUCCGUGCUCCUCUUCGUCAACGGCACCGAGCACGCCUACACCGGCCUCCACACCAAGGACGCGAUAGUUACUUGGGUUAGAAAGAAGACCGGCACGCCAGUCAUUAGGAUUGAGUCCAAGGAUUCAGCUGAGGAACUUCUUAAGAAGGACCAGACAUUUGCUCUCGGCUUAUUCAAGAAUUACGAGGGAGCCGGCCACGAAGAAUUUGUGAAGGCAGCGACUGCUGAAAACGAAGUGCAAUUUGUAGAAACCAAUGAUAGGAAUGUGGCCAAGAUUCUUUUUCCAGGGAUUGCAUCUGAAGAACAAUUCCUGGGCCUUGUGAAAAGCGAACCAGAGAAGUUUGAAAAGUUUGAUGGAGCAUUUGAAGAAAAGGAGAUAUUGCAGUUUGUGGAGCUUAACAAGUUCCCACUAAUUACUGCAUUCACUGAUUUAAACUCAGCUAAAGUCUAUUCAAGCCCAAUUAAGUUGCAGGUCUUCACCUUCGCAGAGGCUUAUGAUUUUGAAGAUCUUGAAUCUAUUGUUCAAGAGGUGGCCAGAGGAUUUAAGACAAAGAUAAUGUUUAUAUAUGUGGACACUGCUGAAGAAAACCUUGCAAAACCAUUCCUGACUCUUUAUGGCCUUGAAGGAGAUAAACCUACUGUUACAGCAUUUGAUACAAGCAAAGGUACUAAAUAUCUGUUGGAGGCAGAUAUUAACGCGAAGAACCUAAAGGAGUUCUCCUUAAGCCUUUUGGAUGGUACACUCCCUCCAUACUUCCGCUCAGAACCAGUACCACAAGAAAAGGGACUUGUUGAAAAGGUUGUUGGACGUACAUUUGAUUCUUCUGUCCUGCAAAGCCCUCACAAUGUCCUCCUUGAGGCUCAUGCACCUUGGUGUGUUGACUGUGAAGCCAUCAGUAAAAACAUUGAGAAGUUGGCCAAGCAUUUCAGUGGUUUGGACAAUCUUAAAUUUGCACGUAUUGAUGCUUCGGUGAAUGAACAUCCAAAAUUGCAGGUAAACAAUUACCCCACACUCUUGCUUUAUCCUGCUGAAGACAAGACCAACCCGAUCAAACUUUCAAAGAAAUUAAGCCUGAAAGACAUGGCGAGAUUCAUCAAGGAGAAGCUGCAGAUUUCGGACGUUGAAAUCAAGGAGAAGCUGCAGAUUUCGGACGUUGAAAUCAAGGAGAAGCUCCAAACUCCUGAGGUCGAAACAGUAGCUGCCGCUGACAAUGUCAAGGAUGAGCUAUAG